AUGGCAAAGAAGAGAAAGGCCAGCCGUGUGGCCGAGGCACCUUCAGGGCCCCGCGACUACGACGCGAAAGAUGCUCGGCUCGGGCCCAUCACGACAUACGAAGACAUUGCCGACGAGCAAGAGGAGUACUUUCUCGACAAGGAUAAGAUUCUGCUGGGCGACGAGAAAGGCACCAAGCGCCAGCGGCUGGAGCAGCAGGAAGAUGAUUUCUUAGAGCUGUCGGAGGACGAGGUGCUCGGCCAGGACUCGGACGACUCGGAGAACGAAGCGUUCCAGCAGGACGCGAGCGAUCGCCGGAAGCAGAAGACGAAGGCCAAGAAAGCCGCAGCAAAGAAGGCAAAAGCGGCGGCGGCGGCUGCACGACGGGGUGACGACGACGAUGACGACGACAACGGCACGUCGAAAAAGACUGGCGACGACGAGGAUGGCGACCAGGGCUGGUGGGGUACCUCCAAGGAGGAGUACUACGACGGCGAGAUGAUUGAGACCGAGGCCAAUGCGCUGGAGGAGGAGGCCGAGGCACGGCGAUUGCAGAAGAAACAGCUGUCGCGGAUGAAGGCGUCGGACUUUUUCGACAUGGACGAAUGGACCGAGAAGAAGACGGAUACAACACCGGGCGCUGUCGCAACCGCAGCAGCAGCUGCCGGUGACGGCCCCACGGUGACGCUGACAACCAAGACCAACAAGGAGGAGAUCGACUCCAUGACGCCCGAGGAAAAGGCCAAGUUUCUCAAAGACUACUACCCCGAGUUUGACCCGCUGUGCGACGACUUUGUCGAGCUGGAGCCGCUGAUGCACGAGUACAAAGCGCUGGCCGAAGGCAAGCCCAGCGAGUCGCUUGAGGUGGUGCAGUUCCGUGCGCUGUCGUGCUAUGUGGCCACCAUCUGCAUGUACCUCUCGUUGUUCAUGUCUCCCUCACGCGACAACCCGAGCGGCAGCCGCUACAUCAUGGAUGCCGACGAGCUGCACGACCACGAGGUCAUGCAAUACCUAGUCGACACGCGCGCGACGUGGGAGCGCGUCAAGAAUCUGCAGGCGCGGCGGGCAGCGAAGGCUAGGAAGGUGGCGGCGGCGGCGGCGCUGGCCGUGGAGAGAGCGAUGGAAGAGAAGGCGGCGCAAGAGCGGGCCGCAGCAGCUGAGGCGACGGUCGACAAGACCAAGAAGAAGGCCAAGACCAGCAAGACGGCAAAGACGGACAAGGCGGACAAGACGGAUAAGGCCGGCAAGGCCAAGAAGAAGCAGAGCAGGGCCACUGGCGCGUCACAAGAACUCGAGGCGUCCAUGGCCGACCUGUCGGAGCUGCUGAACAAGAAGCCCAAGAAGGCGAAGAAGGCUUCUGCCGCGGCACCACGCGGCGGUGACGACGACAGCAACGAUGGCCUCUCGGACCUGGGCGAGGAGGAGGCCCUGGAUGCGCGGACGGCCGAGGAGAAGCUCAAGCGGAAGAAAUCGCUCGGCUACUACACGUCGCAGAUCAUGCAAAAAUCGAACCUGCGCGCGGGCGCUAGCGGACAGGCCGGCGGCGACGCCGACAUUCCCUACCGUGAGCGCUUCCGUGACCGCCAGGCACGUCUCGAGGCCGCAGCGGCGAAACGCGGCCAGGCGCCGAUCCAGCCCGGCGAGGAGCUUGGCGGCAGCGACCAAGGCAGCGACGAAGACGACAACGAAGACGACAACGAGGCCGACAAGGAGGCCAGCCUGGCGUACUACAACAGCAUCGUCAAGGCGCACGAGGCAAAGAUGGGCGUCAAGGCGGCGCGCAAGGCAGCCAUGGAGGCCGGCAAGCUCGACCGCAUCCUGCCCGAGACGUCGCUCGACCAAGACGGCCGGCGGCAGCUGACGUGGGAGAUUGAGAAGAACAAGGGCCUGAGCCACAAGACGCUCAAGGAGAAGAAGAACAACCCGCGUGUCAAGAAGCGCGUCAAGUUUGAGAAGAAGAAAAAGCAGCUGGCCAGCAUGCGCGCCGUCUACAAGCCCGUCGACCGCGACAACUACCAGGGCGAGCGCACGGGUAUCAGCACGGGUCUGAUCCGGAGUAUCAAGCUGGACUAG